GAGUAAUUUUUGGAUUCAGUAAGUGUAUCUAUUUAGACCCCCAUCUCUUUUAAGGGCUCAGUGGGGGCAUUAAAUGAUUAAGAUCUUCGUCAUUCUCGAUUCAAUGUACUUGCCCAUGGUUGAUCUUCACUACUCGCUUAAGAGAUCGACAUAAAAAAAUGCAAUGCGCUUUAGGUAUUUCUUGAUACAUGUAAUUCAUACCUUUUCAUGACUUAUAAUUGAAAAAAGUAACUGGAUUACAUUAGAUUUAAUAUCUUAUUAGCUGUUCUCUUUGUUGCACUCUAACCUUUUGCUCUGUCCAUAUAAGUGAUACUUGUUUCCUGUGGUACGUGUUCAGCGACCAACACUAAAGUCAGGUCUUACCAAGUGUCAUUCCUUUUAAAGAUCAACUGCAUUUUCUCCAGGAAAUGUCUUUCAAUACGUUGCUACCAAUUGUUAUGCUGGCGUCCGGUGUCGCCAAUACCAUUUUGUCCAAAUAUCAGGAUACUAUUGCAGAGGAUGCUGGGCCAGUAAAAAGUAUGGCUAUCUUUCAGAGCCUAAACAUCUUUUUAGGUGAAGCUUGUUUAUGGUUUUAUGUGUUUUAUCGACGCUACUCUAGAAGAUCAGAUUAUGAAUCAUUGGAAAAGUUAACUCUCAAGGAAAAGGCCGCUUUAGCAUUGCCAGCUAUUAUGGAUAUUUCCGGCUCCACCUUGAUGAAUGUCGGAUUAUUGUUUACAAGUGCUAGUAUUUAUCAAAUGACAAGAGGAUCCCUGAUCUUGUUUGUUGCUUUAUUUUCAAUCACAUUUUUGAAAAGCUACAUUGGGCGCCAUCAGUGGCUUUCUUUGACUUUUGUGGUGCUCGGUGUGGCAUUAGUUGGUUAUUCUGGUUUCACAGCAAAUGUUGGAUCAAAUCCUACGUUAGGUAUUUCUGCAGUACUUAUUGGUCAAGGGUUUUUGGCUGUGCAAUUUACUCUUGAAGAAUACAUCUUGUCUUAUAUCCAUGUUGAUCCUCCCGAAUUGGUUGCAUAUGAAGGUACUUACGGUGUCAUUUUUGUUCUCCUCGGUAUGGGCCUUUCUUAUUAUUUUGUUGGUUCCACUGAGGCUGGAAGGUAUGGUUGGUUUGAUUACUCUCACGUUUUCUCCCGACUAAACGAACUUCCUAUUCUUUACUUCAUCUCCUUCGUUAUUUUAAUCUCCAUUGCCUUUUUUAACGUAAGUGGUCUCUCCAUCACUCACAUAUAUUCGGCUACUACACGUUCUCUUUUAGACAUUGCUCGAACGUUCGGUAUCUGGGUUAUUGCGUUACUCUUUGGAAUGGAAUCAUUUCAUCUGCUACAAUUUACCGGAUUCGUUUUGCUCAUCUAUGGAAUUGCAACUUACCAUUCCAUAAUAAAGCUUCCUCUCGCUGAAAUUUGAUUAUAUUGUUCGCUUUCCUUUUAUUUUAGAUAUAAUUACUCCUUACUGCUAUGCAAACUAAUAAAUUAAUUCGUACUUUUUUAGACAAACAUUAAUAUUUCAUUAGGUAACGUCCAUCCCAAAAAAAAAAAUAAAAAUAAAAAAGAAACCAAACUUCUAUCCCAGCAAAAGAUAUUUUUCAUCUAUACUAAUAAUCACCGAGUCUUCUUUCUCACUUUUGUGGCACGUGACUCCUCUUCGUCAGAUCUUUGGAUAUCACGUUUGAAGUCAUUGUCAUUUUUCUCGUAUUCUUCAGAGCUUUCUUCAUCAAUAUUAAAUAAAUCUUUCGCAUUCAUACGAGCAUCUGAAACAUUCGACAAGCCUUCGUUGUGGUUAGUAUUUUGAAGGUCGUUUAGACCCUUUUUCUUUAUUAAGUCAUCCGUCUCCUGUUCAACCUCAUCUGAAUCAGAUUCAUCUUCCACAAAUUGUAAAUCAACAUUUUCAGUAGGAAGACGAUCAACAUCGAUACUAGAAAGUUGUUCAACAUCAACCAUCGGUUCUAAUGCGAUAGGAUGCUCAUUAAAGCAAUUCAGCAUAUGAACUCUAUGUUUACGAACACCUUCAUCCACAGAGAUGAUGCUGCCCAAAAUACUAGGGAAAUCACUUAUUCUACGUGAUCCCUCUCGUUCGAUUCUAGAAGCAAGGGCAAACAAUUCAUUUGUUAAUAAGUCAAAUCCAUUACCCAGGGUGGCUUUAACGCGAAGUAGACCACGACUAGAUUUUGAUACAUCAUUACUAAAUUCAACAGGAUCCAUAAUAGAUAACAGGUACGGUUGAUUUGGUCUUAACCAUCCUUGUUUUUUCUUUGAAAAAUAGAAACCACCAUUAUGAACGGCGAUACCAACUGCAUCGUAGUGAAAACGCUUGCCAUAGAGUUCCAAAAGUUCUAAAAGCAAAACGCCGUAAUUAUCUUCUUCACGAAUUGAACCAGUACUUAAUCUCGGAUGAAGUUGAAGAAAAGAGACCACCAAACAAACAAUAGCGUAACUACUAAGACCACCCAAAAACACCUCAUUUAGAGCUCGCAUGUUUAGGUAGUGUUUAAUGAUAAUUACAAGAGGACGAAGAGCAGGAUAUUUCUUCAAAAAGCCGUUCACAACCAGACAUGUUUUAAGACCUCCGGCUUGGUUGAAAGAUACAUCGACAUGAAUCUUCGUUAUUGGAUCCACAAAUUUGAUGAUAGGCACAUUAGCAGUAGUGAUAACUUGGAUAUCAGUGGCUACUUUAGAUUUCCUUAGGUGAUGUGCCAAAACAAACAUAUCCUUUUUGCUUCCACGGUAAUGACUGUCUGAAGACAUUAUUACCAUAUCCAAAUCAGAGGUAGGAAGAUAGAGUCGGGUCUCGAAACUACCAAAUACAUAUACCGAAACGUCUGGCCACUUCUUUACAACGGCAUUAUUAAUGCGUGAAAUUAAAGAUUUUCGAACAGCAUGCUCUUCAGGCGUCGGCGUUAUAUAGUCGACAAAUUGAGUGAUAUCCUGAUGCAAGAGUCGAGACACUUCAAUAUCUGCUUUGUAUGGUCUAUGCCAAGGGCAAGAACUAGGAUCAAUUUCGUAUGCCAUACGCUUUCUUUUCCUACUUGAUUGUUCAUUUUGUUUGUUGGCCUCGUGAAAAAAUCGACCGUUGUUUUGCAUAAAUCCAGGAAUAUUGUUGGGCCCUGAAUCAUUGGUUUCGUCUUUGGAAGUGUCAUUUACGUCUUCAUCACUAUUCCAAUCGAAACCUAUAUAAUCUGCAUUUUCAUCCACAGCAUUCUUUGGUUCAGGUUUCGGCUUCUCACUUUUAUCAUCCAAUUUUUUUAAACCUACUAAAAUAGAGGGUGCACCUUUCUUGAUUGCUUCUUCCGGAAGAUCUAACUUUUCUAGGGUUUCCAAAGGAUCGACUCGUCCUGACUGAUUCAAUGACGGCUUUGAGGGAUUAUCUAUAUCAUUUUUUUGUUGUGAGUAUUGGGUGCCAUCACUUUCUUUUCUGUUUUCCCCCUGCUCCUGCUCCAAAAGACUAAAGUUAUUGUUCACUUCCAAUUCGUCAGGGUAUUUCGAUUUCCUUUUUCCAUCAUUCUUCUUAAAUCUGCGAUUCCUAUCAUCCUUUUUGAAUAUUCUUCUAGGUAAAGGUUCACGCUCAUCAAAUUUUGAUUUCUUUUUUAUCUUAUUAGCUUUGUUUGCUUUGGAGAAUGUACUUUUUUUAGCCAUUUCCCAAGCCAAAGGGAAUUAUCUCCAACAAAUAUCAAUGUAGAAAUGGUCCCUUAUUUAUAUAAAUCCACAAAUUUGAGAGUCAAUCCUUAGACAAUGACCACAUACAAGUCCAGAAAAUUUUGUGGUGAUUUUGUUGCACAAUUCUCAGAUUCCUAUUACAGCAACUUCUCUAUGUCACGUUAAUGCGCGUUAAACAAUAAAAUAGAAAAGUAGUAAAAGUAUAAAUUAUU